CCGGAUGUGCAGGCACCGUGAUCGCUCCUGUCUCCGUGGCAUCAGACCUGAAUAACUUUCUUCUGUGGAGCACAAAAGGAGAUGUUGGGCAGUAUGUUAAGGGGGUCGCACAGCAGAUGUGUCUGGUGGACGACAUGGUCGUUCUAAAAUUGGAAACAACUGUUUUCAAUGAAGGUACGCACACUGCCACCGCCACUCACCCAGCUACGACUCCGGAGGCUGCUCAAAUUUCUGCCGCACCACGUAGUUAACUCGUAUAUUUUCCAUUAAAUUCAACCCAAAUCAUAAUCAAAGGACAUAGAUUAUUUACUCUAGCCUUGUUCAUUCUUUAAGAAGGGAAAAACCAUGGUGACUUGUGUGUGUACUGUCUGCAACCUGAACUGAAUCGACGUGCCCCGUGUUUGAUACCUGUGCCGUUUCCUAGCCGCGAUGUGCCGCUCCUCGUCCGGUGUUCAACCGCAUUUAGCCUCAUUCACCAUUCACUUCCAUGGUAUCUUUUGUCCAUACUAUGAAAAUGAAUGGUUACUGAAGCUAACACCUUUUGUGUUCCACGGAAGUUGUACAGGUUUGGAACAACAUGAUAGUGUCUGGAUUUCAGUGUGUUGAUCAGUGCUGCCUGAAGCACCAGGAUGAUAAGACCAGGAGGUCUGUUCUGUUUCUUUCAGCUCUUCCAAUGGUGUAUAAUGUCCAUAUUACAUGUUACCGGACUUUUGAAACUGGCAGGGCUGGUUUUUUUCCUGUUUUUGGCCGUGUUCCUUGCCUUUGAGCUUCUAGAAAAUAAAAUCAAUUUUAAUUUGGGGAAAGUGUUUGCACGAUCUGCACAUGCAGAGCCAGCCAUUACUAGACCUCCACGCCACCAAUGCAGCCUCUCUAAAUCCUGUCCCGAGAACCAUUUUGCCUUUAAGAUCACCAGUGGAGCAGCCAGCGUGGUCGGCCCGAAAAUGUGCCUUCAGGACAAUGUAUUAAUGAGUGGACUGAAGAACAAUGUUGGACGGGGUAUAAACAUCGCUUUAGUCAACGGGAAGACUGGCGAGCUCACCAAGACCGAUUCAUUUGACAUGUGGGCUGGAGACGUGAACCUGCUUAUCAAGUUUUUGAAUGAUAUAGAAGAUGGAAGCAUUGUCAUGAUGGCCACCUUUGAUGAUCCUUCAUCAAAGUUGAAUGAUGAGGCUAGAAAGCUGAUAGCGGAUUUGGGCAGCACAAGCAUCAGUGUUCUGGGCUUCAGAGAUAACUGGAUAUUUGUCGGAGGCAAAGGAAUCAAAACAAAGAGCCCCUUUGAGCAGCACAUCAAGAACAACGCAGAGACAAACAAAUAUGAAGGCUGGCCAGAGGUUCUGGAGAUGGAAGGAUGCAUUCCCAAGAGACCCGAGUGAAACCAACUUAUCUUAUUUUGAAAUAAUUGUUUCUUUUUCAUGUACAGCUUUUAUCAGUGUCCCGAAUCAACGUAAGAUAGAAAUGUGCAAGAUUGUAGUAUGCAAAUUCUGACUUUUGCAAGGGAAUGCUACUUGAUUGACUCAUGACAUUGACAAUUAUGCAAUUUAAUUAUUCAUUAAGAGUAAUUAUACAUUUUUAAAUUUGAAGGCGAUAUUUCCAUAUUCCUUUUUACAUGUGAACUCAUUGAAUUCUAUCUGAUAGAACUCCGGAGCAUUUGCCUUUAACUUACUUUAGUUGUUGUCAAAGGUCCAUAAACCGCAAUAACUUCAGCCAUUUUUGAGUAUACCGAGUCAUAACUAAAGAAGAGGGAAUUAAUCAGUAGUUUUCUUUUCUUUUAUAUUUCCUCCAAAAAGAAUAAAGUAAGAGGGUAUUCUCUCAUUUUUAAUCUUGCUCAUGCAGUGUGAAACUUAGUGUAUGUAGUAACAAAUAAGAGUUAAAUAUAACUUACAUUUAUUAAUUUGGCAGAUGCUCUUAUACAGAGUGACUUACAAGUAAAUGUAUUAUCAGGAUGCAUUCGCUGGGAAUCGAUCUCAUGACACUUUUAUUGUUAGCAUCAUGGUCCACCAGUUGAGCUACGGAAACACUCAAAGACUGAAGGCCGUUUACACCAACAUAAAUUGUUUGACUUCUUAGCAGUACUUUAUUUAUUUCUUGUUUUUUGUGUUGUGUUAUUUGUCUACUGGGAAGGGGAAAUUGUUGACUUUAUGAAUGCUAUACUCCAAGGGCACUCAUGACAAAUCAUUUUAAAUCCUUGCCAUGAAUCUGCCCAUCUCACUUUUUAUAUCUAGUGUUCAUUUGCAAUGGUUCUUUAUCUUGUUCUGUAAAACUACUGCCUCUUGUUUCUGGUGACUUUAUUGUUUUCUGUAAUAUUUUGUGAAUAUUGUUAUGUUCGGGGAGCUGUUGCAAUCAAACAUUUUUACAUUAGUUGUAUUACUAUUUUGCUAUUGACAUUGAGCUUGUUUCUGUAUAGAUUGUAUGCAUUGAAAAGGACUUGGGUUAUUGUUGAGCAGCUGUUACAUGCAGUUAGUGCAUAUCAAGCAAUAACAAUAUAACCACUUGGGUUUUCCCCAUAUCACAAUGUUCUAUUAUGCAGUUCAAUAGAUCCUGCUUUCAACCAUAUAAAUAUCCCAGUUAACGAGUAACAGAAUGUAAAGUUGUUAAUUGAGACCCUUUAUUUAACUAUGUGCCUCUUUUUUAACCAGUUUUAUGGAACUAAAGUCUGGAUUUUGCACAUCAUGGCCUUAAUGUAUUGCGCUCUAAUCUAAGGAUUUAUAUUGUCUAAAUGAAAUCAUUAAAUGUAAGUAAAUCUUUUAUUUUGUGAUGGUGGAAUUGUCUCAGUUUUGAAUGGGUCAAAGAAUUUGUAAGGUCUUUUCUUAUUAAAAUGACGUUGAGCGAA